GGGCAGGCUGGGCUUGGUGCGGCGCAGCAGCUUCUUCGCGAAGAAGCUGCACCGCCUGCGCCAGGGCCACCGCCGCUACAAGUGGGAGUGGGACGCCGCCCUGUGCCAGGCGGCGGCCUACAGGAGCUUACUCCACGGAGGCCGCCCCCGGCAGGGCAAGGUGGCCAUGGGCAAGACCAGUCGCUCGCUCGAGCUCUGCUCCGCGGUGGCCCGGGUCACCCAGCGCGCGCUGGGCGCCGAG